GGGCUGGGAGCGAUGGUGCUUGGGCAGCUGGGAGGCACAGGUGGCAGCUCCCCGUGCUGGGGGAUAGCAGCCACUCUGAUGCCAGGGCAGCCGGUCCCUGUUUGUGGGGCAAAGGGGGAGAUUUGUGCCAGGCCCUCACCCAUGUGUGGAUGAGAGCAGCAGUUCAGUGCUGGUCCAUCAGCAUCCCAUCGCGGAUGGUUUCAAGCACUGAGAUGUGUCUGGCUUCGGUGCUGUUUUGGUGCAAACAUCUCCGUGCCGCGAUGGCGGCGUGGGGCGGCCCUGCCCUGCUGGCUCUGCACGGCGUCCAGCUGGAUCACAUGGGGCCAGGAAUGGGGUCAGCCCAACCUCAGCCCCGCUCACACACUGACCAAGCGCCAUCGGCCGGAGGUGCUCAUGUGAAGGGCCUGCAGGAGCGGCAGGAGCAAAGUGUGACAGCUGUGCCGUGCAGCCCCGUGCGGGGGACACCGAGGUGUGUGCGCAGUGCUUGCAUGCAGCCUUCGUGCAGAAAUUCGUUUGCACAGAUGCAGUCACAAAACCUGACUUCAAACACCCCGACGCAGCGCGGCCCUCGCACUGAGCAGGUGGAACGGUUGCUUGGUGGAAAUUAUGCUGUGGCUUGAGUACAUCAGAGAAAAAGACACAAUAGCAGCACCUCCCUCCGCACCCCGGCUUCUUGCAGAGAGGAAAAAACACCUCCCAGGUCCCUCUGCUGCGGUGGAUGUGCAUUUGAAGUGCCACGCGCAUGCUGGGAGCAUGGAGGCUCUGUGUCCGUUUUGCUCAGCUCCGAGCUUUGUCCCCACGGUGCCAUUGCUGUCCCCGCUCCCUGGGGCCGUGGCCGAGCUGCUCCAGGGGCGUUUUCAAAGCAGAGCAGGCAGAAGCGCGGCACCAGGGCCCAAAUCAUGGCACAGGGGGGCUCAGUGCCCUUCCCUCCCCACAGCCUCUGCUGGCAUCGGCCAUGGUGCUGGUGGGCACUCUGAGGUGGCACCCUGGGGACAGCAGGAGGGCGGCACUGCCGUUGCGGUGCUGUCCCCACUGUGGGGUGAUGAGCGCGGGGUGCUCCCAGUUCCUGUGCACGGGUUUGGGGUGUGCUUGGUGGCUGAAGGAUCUGCACCCAGGGGACGCCACAUCCCCCCGAGAUGAAGAUGACAGAGGAGAAAAGAGUGACACCGAUAUAAGAUAAUCACUGCCAGCAAGGCAGAAAUGGCAGGGCACUUGAGCACAGGCUGGGGACGCGGGCUGGGGCCAUGCCUGCGUGGGGACGGAUCCUGGUGGUGUGGGCGUGGGGAUUCUGCAGAAAAGCAUUUUCCAGGGCUGUGGGCCACUGCUUGCGUGUCUCAGCACCAGGGCUCCAUCAGCUUUCAAGGGAAGGUUAGAGCCACGCAAUGGGAAGAAGGCUCCUUCCACCCACUUGUGGCACCAGGGUCGGUGCUUGAGGUGGGUGUCCUGGCACUCAUCACCUUCUGUGCUCUUAAUUAACGCAGCCAGGACAAAGGCAGGAGGAAAUAUGGCUGGUGAUGGAGUCAGGGGAUGCCCUUCAGAAUGUGCAGGAAGGGCUGUGUGACGGCAUGAGUAAGAGAGACGGAUGCAGGGAUGGGAUGGAGGGAUGGAUGGACAGAUGGAUGGAUGUGCUAAAUGGGAUGAAUGAAUGGCUGCAGAGAUGAGGUGGAUAAAUGUGGGGAUGGGAACAAUGGGGCCGGGGAGGGGAUGAAGGCUUCUCUCACUGCCCUCCAUAGCCACCAUGGGCUGCUGCUGCAGCUCAGACUAUGAUGAGGACUGGAUUGAGAACAUCGACAUCUGCGAGCACUGCAACUACCCCAUCGACCCCGACAGCAAGCGCCAGCUGAUCCGCAACGGCUCUGAGGUGCGGGAUCCCCUGGUGUCCUACGAGGCCACGUCUCCGCCGUGCUCCCCACUCCAAGACAAGCUCGUGGUGGCCCUGUAUGACUACGAACCCACUCACGAUGGGGACCUGGGACUUAAGCAGGGCGAGAAGCUGCGCGUCCUGGAAGAGAGCGGGGAGUGGUGGAAGGCGCAGUCGCUCACCACAGGCCAGGAGGGUUUGAUCCCCCACAACUUCGUGGCCAUGGUGAACAGCCUGGAGCCGGAGCCGUGGUUCUUCAAGAACAUCAGCCGCAAGGAUGCGGAGCGGCAGCUGCUGGCGUCGGGCAACACGCACGGCUCCUUCCUCAUCCGGGAGAGCGAGACCUCCAAAGGCUCCUACUCGCUGUCAGUGAGGGACUUCGACCAGAACCAGGGCGAGACGGUGAAGCACUACAAGAUUCGCAACAUGGACAACGGCGGGUACUACAUCUCUCCGCGGGUCACCUUCAGCAGCCUGCACGAGCUGGUGGAGUAUUACUCAAGCAGCUCAGAUGGGCUGUGCACCCGCCUCGGGAAGCCUUGCCGGACACAGAAGCCGCAGAAGCCGUGGUGGCAGGAUGAGUGGGAGGUGCCACGAGAGUCACUGAAGCUGGUGGAGAAGCUGGGAGCCGGGCAGUUUGGAGAAGUCUGGAUGGGUUUCUACAAUGGCCACACCAAGGUAGCCAUCAAGAACCUGAAGCAGGGCAGCAUGUCCCCCAGCGCCUUCCUGGCAGAGGCCAACCUGAUGAAGAACCUGCAGCACCCGCGGCUGGUGCGGCUCUAUGCCGUGGUGACCAAGGAGCCCAUCUACAUCAUCACAGAGUACAUGGAGAAGGGCAGCCUGGUGGACUUCCUCAAGACCUCAGAGGGCAUCAAGCUCAGCAUCAACAAACUGCUGGACAUGGCUGCACAGAUUGCCGAAGGCAUGGCCUUCAUCGAAGCCAAGAACUACAUCCACCGCGACCUGCGGGCUGCCAACAUCCUGGUGUCGGAGGCUCUGUGCUGCAAAAUCGCCGACUUCGGGCUGGCGCGCCUCAUCGAGGACAACGAAUACACAGCACGAGAAGGGGCUAAAUUCCCCAUUAAGUGGACGGCACCGGAGGCUAUUAAUUAUGGCACGUUCACCAUCAAGUCUGAUGUCUGGUCCUUCGGCAUCCUGCUCACCGAAAUCGUUACCUACGGCCGGAUCCCGUAUCCAGGGAUGACCAACCCCGAGGUGAUCCAGAACCUGGAGCGCGGCUACCGCAUGCCCCAGCCAGACAACUGCCCGCGGGAGCUGUACGAACUGAUGAUGCAGUGCUGGAAGGAGCAGCCCGAGGAGCGGCCCACCUUCGAGUACAUGAAGAGCGUGCUGGAGGACUUCUUCACCGCCACCGAGGGACAAUACCAGCAGCAGCCGUGAGGCCCCACGCCGGGCGCCCACAGACUCCACGAGCAUCCCGCGAGCACCGCCCGGCAGCGAAGACGCUGUGCUUCCCGCAGAGCCUUGCCCCUGAACGGUGACAUCCUAACUGAAGCUGCGCGCUGCUGUCGCACAGCGCCGUGCCCACGGAUGUCAGCUCCUCGCCCUGCCCCACAGCCCCGCACACGGCACGGAGCUCCCGGCCCGGCGCAGCCCCUCACGGCCCGGGGGGGGCCUCAGGCAGAGCUCACGGUGCCCCUCGGAUGGCAGCCACGGACCCGAGGCCCGCAGGGUUGGGGUCGCUGCCAACCGUGCCCGGUUCUCCCUGCUGCCGGUCCUCCUCGCAGUGGGGCAGGAAAGGCGUCGGACCCAGCGCGGGCCGCAGCCGCAGCCCCACACGGCCCGGGCUCGAGGGCUCGACGCCCUGCCCGUCCCAGCGCUUCGAAGCCCCGUGCCGCGCCCCCCCCCCCGGCACGUUGGGAAUGGUUCGGCCCCACCUGUUCCCCCCCUCCGUCCUCGCAGAAUGGUUCCGCCCCGCCCACCUGGCCC